UUCCACCCGUUACUGCAUAAGCUCGAACUACCAGAAACUCUCGUCGCCAUUGCCUGCGAAACGCAAUUGUCGGUCGUCGGCCCUCCUUCUUUCGCUCAGCAAAAACACGCGUGAGGAACUCUGUGCGCCCUCAAACGCACUCGUCCCGCUCAGCAACCACAAGCAGACCACACAAACCACCCACCGCCCAAUUACCCCGCUCUAGCCAACCGUCGUCGUCCGUUCGAUGCCCAGAGUGCUAGCAGAGCCGGUCUUGACCCUUGCCUUUGGCAACAUUCAGAAGCUGACCUCAAUUGACGAGGCCGACAUUCAAACAAUAUGGAACGUCUUCACCAAGUGCAAAGACAACCUCGAGAAUGGACGACGCCUUGAAAACAUAUCGUGGAGGUUAUGGUAUCGGUCCUGCCACGGACACUCUCCUCUUGAAGAGACAGCUCCUCUCGAUAUACCCGAGUUCGAUCCCAUGCCGAAGCAGAACAAGUCGCCACAUGUAUCGCCAGAGUCUUUCAAAUGCAUCCUCAAGAAUGCCGUCGACGACUCAAAGAAGGAAGCGGACAAGAGGAAGAACAACCUCUCGUUGAUGAAGGCUGCUGCGGCUGCUUCCGUUGCUUUGCAGGAGCAGGAACGCUUGCCGAAGGAGCUUGCUGCAGCGACGCAACUACCUCCGCAAGAGCAACAGUCGGCACCGGUGAGGCAACAGCAACCAGCAGCAAUCCCAUGUACACAUCAACAGCAAUCGUUGUCCCCACCAACACCUGCGCAGGGGCAGAGCAUUGCGUUGCCUCCCGCACCAGUUGCCGCAGCAGUCGUCGCCACUCCCGUCAUCGCACCAGCUGCACAGGCAGCCCCCCAGAUCCACUAUGUUGCCCCAUCCCCGGCGCCGGCCGCCGCCCUCCCACGGACGACUAGUGCUGGCACUCUCCAACCUCACAGUUCCUACGCGACAACUUCCCAAACCAACAUCCAACGAGCUGCGAGUGCCGUGACAUUACAAAAUGUUCGGACUGGCGUGCACAACUACGCUGCUCCACAUAUGCCAGAGGCAUAUCAGCAAUUUAUGCCACGUCACAUGCCACCAACAGCGUACCAGCAGCAGUUCGUCCACCCACCUCAGCGGCUACAGAGCCACCCACCACCACAAGGGAACGGCGCUGCUCCUCAACACCCCGUCACGGGCCGCUUGCAAACUCAACUGCUACCGCAACGAGGCUCGCAUAUGCAGCUGAAUAAGCUGCACGCGCAAGCGCCGCAGCCGAACCGUCCACCACUGACAAGUCGGCAAACGAUAGCCACCGACAAACCAAAAGUCAAGUUCUUCAUCUCCGAGUCGCUCACCCCAGACCACGCCGCCCAACACCUUCCUCCACAACCCGCCGUCAAACAGCAACCACCAACAGCUCUCCCACCAGCAGCCUACGCUCCCCGUCCAGUCGCUCCAACAUCAAUACUGGACGACUACGACGCAAUGGACUCGGACAGCUGUUCCGAAUCCGACUACAGCUCAGAUAUCUCGGACAGCGAAGACUACUCAUCAGACGAGGACGAGGACUCGGAUGCAUGCUCGACAUAUACCCCACCCCCACUCUUCCAAAAAGUCGCCCUGGGCGACGCCAACGGCAGCCCCGAGAACCCGCCCACACUCACCAGCCGCCGCUCCCUCCUCUCGGUUGCCAUUAAAGAAGUAUCCGCCCUCAAACGCGCCAAACCGUCCCAAUUCAGAAACCUCAACGCCCUCGCUAAAGAUGAGAUGGACGAGCUUGUCGGCGCCGGCAUGCGCGACGACAUGUCGGAAAGCCUGCGUGAGAACUUGGCAUGCGAGCGCCGCAUGAUGCCGCAUAACAUGCGUUAUGCGCGCGGGAUACCCACCUCUGAACGACAGGCGCUGGUGUUUGAUGAACCGGAGGAGUAUUGGUAGAAGAUCGGUGGAUGCUUCAUCUGGACGGUUUCGCUAUUCCCCCCUCCUUUAUUUGUAUUUAGAGAACGUUCUCGCGGACUCCUGUACCCAGUAUAGGUUUCUUGC